GAAAUUUCAGAAAAAAAGAGAGGCGAUUCUGUUUUCAUUAAUUAAUUAAUUUUCCAAUCUGAAAAAUUUCCUCCCCUUCUUCCCUUACAAUUCUCACACCACCCUGGACGAACAAGAAAAGGAGACGAAAGAGAUUGAAGAAAGACCAGGAACGAGAACGAAGGCAGAGUAGUAGAAGAAGAAGACACAGAAGAAAAGGAACAGAGAAGGAAGUAAGGAAGAAAACGACGGGGGCGUUGGUCACUUCUUCUAUCUUCGCUCUGCUUUCAUUUUCUGAUCUCGAGCGAGAGAGAGAGAGAGAGAGUCUCUCUUCUCGCUGGCGAUUCAGCAAAUGUAGGAGCUCCCACGGUGGAGAAGGGAAGAAGGAAAAACGGUAGGUUCCAGAAGUUUUGGCCCCGCACCGCAGCAGUGGAGGGAGGACUUUUUUCGCGAUUCGGAGCGGGAAGGGAGAUAGAUGUCUUCGUCGGCGUUCAGUCCGUCGCGGGGCAGUCCGGUCGGGUCAAGGUUACAGAGAGGAGCAGCACUUUGUUCUAAUCGGGAGCUCAAGGCUGAGAUCCUCUUCCCUGAGGAAGCCGCCGGAGCCUCUGCGGAGAGCCGUCGCUGACUGCCUGUCGUCUUCCGCCUCGGCAUCGGCUUCUGCGGGCACUGGCGCUGUCGCCGGUUUGCACCAUGGUAGCCCGUCCGUGGUCUUGACCGACGCUUCGAGAACUCUCCGUGAUUAUUUGGCUUCCCCUGCAACCACUGAUCUGGCAUAUUGUGUAGUUUUGGAACACACGAUUGCUGAGAGAGAGCGCAGCCCAGCAGUAGUCGCGAGGUGUGUGGGACUUUUGAAGCGGUACCUUAUAAGGUAUAAACCGAGUGAGGAGACAUUACUUCAGAUUGACCGAUUUUGUGUGAAUACAAUCUCAGAGUGUGAUAACAGUGCAAGUCGAAGAUCCGCAAUGUUAUCACAGUCGACACCUCAGCAAUCUGUUGCAUCUGCACAUAAUCUGCCUUCUCUGCCUGUGUCUAGUUUUGCUUCCGGAGCGCUUGUAAAGUCGUUAAAUUAUGUACGUUCUCUAGUGGCUCAACAUGUUCCAAAGAGGUCAUUUCAACCGGCAGCAUUUUCUGGGUCUCCAUCUGCAUCAAGACAGUCACUUCCUGCAUUAUCUUCAUUUUUGCGUAAAUCCUUUAACUCCCAAUUAAGCCCUGCAAAUAAUGCUGAAUCUUCAGACAACAGAGAUGCAACUGGUUCGCCGGUUUCACAGUUUUCAAAUAUGGAAAAAGCUGAUGUAAUGGAGGACAUUGAUCACAUUGCAUAUGAUGUUUUAAACUGGCGUUGGGCUGGAGAUCAUCGGUUUUCAGUAUUGUCCACUGAAAGUGAUCGUGCUUCCGUUCUUGAGGAUAUGCGCACACAUACUUUGCUAGAGUUGGGUGCUGCAGCACUGCUAGUUGGAGACAUGGAAGCUAAGAUGAAGGAUCAACCCUGGAAAUAUUUUGGAACUGCUGAUAUGCCCUAUCUCGACCAACUCUUGCAGCCUUCUUCUGUCUCUACAAUUACCAUUUCAGCUUCUGCUCGUUCCCACUUACGAGCAAUAACAACAUCUAAGCGCUGUAAAGCAGGACCUCAUCAGAUUUGGGAAGAUUCUCCUUUAAGCACUUUCCGCCCACGAGCUCGGCCACUUUUCCAGUACCGGCAUUAUAGUGAACAGCAACCCUUACGAUUAAAUCCAGCAGAGGUAUGUGAGGUUAUUGCUGCUGUUGGGUCCGAGGCGUAUACUCCAAUGGCCACUCCUGCACUAUCAUCUAGAUUAAGUAAUAACACUGGAAAGCCAUCGAUGGAUGUGGCUGUGAGCGUACUCAUUAAGCUUGUCAUUGAUAUGUAUGUGGUGGAUUCUGGGACUGCUGCUCCACUGACGUUGUCUAUGCUUGGGGAGAUGCUUUCAUCUCCAAAAGCAGCAUGCCGAGUGCGUGCUUUUGAUUUGAUUUUGAACCUCGGUGUUCAUGCUCAUUUAUUGGAACCAAUGAUGGCCACCACAACAAUUGAAGAAGAGUAUGCACAAGAAUCCUUUCUCGAGAAUGAAGAAAAAGUUGGAACACCAGAUAGGAGGAAAGCAGAGUCUGUUGACAAGAUGGAUGCUUCAUCAGCUAUUGAUAAGUUCGAAUCUUGGAUCUUAAACAUCUUCUAUGAGACACUUUUGCUUCUUGUCCAGACAGAGGAGCAGGAAGAGUCUGUCUGGGCUUCUGCACUAAGCUGUUUGCUGUACUUCGUCUGUGAUAGAGGGAAAAUUUUGAGAAAUCGGCUUGAAGGCCUGGAUAUAAGGGUCAUUAAAGCACUCAUAACGACCAGCAGGAGAAAUUCAUGGGCUGAAAUAGUGCACAGCAAGCUUAUUGGCAUGUUAACGAACAUGUUCUAUCAAAUUCCAGAUGAGCCUGUUGAGGCUGUCUUGAGGUCUCCUGUGUUUCUCAUAGACCAGGUUGAUUUAAUUGGAGGGAUUGAGUUCAUUUUCAUUGAGUAUUCUCUUGCCAAUUUGAGGGAGGAUAGAAGAAACCUCUAUUUGGUUCUUUUUGAUUAUGUUUUGCACCAAAUCAAUCAUGCAUGUGCAACUGCUGGAGUUUCAGAGUAUAGCAGUGACGAGAUCCAACCUCUUGCAACCUUAUUUUCUCUUGUUGAUGCACCUGAAGCUUUCUAUAUUUCGGUUAAACUUGGGGUAGAAGGGAUUGCAGAGCUUCUGAGAAGAUCAAUUUCUACCGCGCUCUCUAGAUAUUCAAACAAUGAAAGGUUAAAUAUGCUCUUGAAGAAUAUAACAGAAACAUUUGAUAUGGUAAUCAGUUCUUUUACUCGUGUUGACAAGGAGUUCUUCCAUCUCAUACAAUUAACCAAGCGCGACAAAUUUCUAGAAGGGAUUCAAAGUGAGAGCCCACGAAAUGGCAUUGUCGUGAAAGCUAAGCUCUCAUGGGCCACACUGCACUCACUUCUUCAUUCUGAUAGAAUCGCAUGUCGUCAGAAUGGCUACAUCUGGUUAGGCGACUUGCUUAUUUCAGAGAUUAGCGAGGGAGGAGAGGUCAGAAUGUGGUCAAAUAUUAAUGCCUUGCAGCAGAAAAUCACGCUUGCUGGUGUCUGCGAUGAUAUGGCAGCUGCUGAAGAUGUCCCUCUGUCCAUUUGGCUGAUGUGCGGACUUCUUAAAUCCAAACAUAACGUUAUUAGAUGGGGUUUUCUCUUUGUUCUCGAUCGAUUUCUCAUGAGCUGCAAAUUUUUGCUGGAUGAAAAUGAAAUGCAACAGUCUGGUGUUGGUAACAUUUCCCGUGGAGAUGCAGAUAGCCGGCUUGAGAAAGCAAAUGCAGUUGUCGAUAUCAUGAGCAGUGCCUUAUCCUUGGUGGCCCAGAUUAAUGAAACGGAUCGCUUCAACAUUUUGAAGAUGUGUGAAAUAUUGUUUUCUCAAUUAUGCCUAAAAGUUCACCCUAUGUCUGCCAUGCCAUAUGGAGAAAGUGUACGCAGUGACAUAGUUCAUGUUGGCAUGGAUAAAAGUGAAAAAGUCGAUUCAAAUGACCACCUUUCCCAACUAGAUAAUCACUCGACAGAUAUUUCAGAGGAAAGGAAUAGCAGAUUCAGUUACAGUACUAGCAGUUCUUUGGUGCGUGAGACAGCUUCACUGGCUGCAAUGCUUCUCCAAGGGCGGGCUAUUGUUCCCAUGCAGUUAGUUGCCCGGGUUCCUGCUGCUUUAUUUUAUUGGCCAUUGAUUCAACUAGCUGGUGCGGCUACAGAUGAUAUAGCACUGGGUGUUGCAGUUGGAAGCAAAGGAAGAGGAAACCUUCCUGGCGCUGCAUCUGACAUAAGGGCUACACUUUUAUUGCUUUUAAUUGGUAAAUGCACAGUCGAUCCUUCUGCUUUCAUAGAAGUUGGCGGGGAAGAAUUUUUCAGGGAACUUUUGGAUGAUACGGAUUCAAGGGUUGCAUAUUACUCUUCGGCCUUUCUCCUGAAGAGAAUGAUGACAGGAAAACCAGAUGAGUACCAGCACAUGCUUCAGAAUCUUAUAUUUAAAGCACAACAGAGCAACAAUGAGAAGCUGUUGGAAAAUCCCUACUUGCAGAUGCGUGGCAUACUUCAUCUGUCAAAUUAUGGGGUAAUCUAAUGGUAUUCUUUAUGGACCUUCUGUUCAUUUUUAUUCUUGGGGAGAGCAGUUCUGCAGUAGUAGCUGGAUGCUCAAUGAUGUUGAUGAUACUUCCAAAAAGCUUGGCCCAUCGAGAUCUGCUCGAAGUUUCGGAGGAUAAAAGUGAAUUGUGCUCAGCCUUAUUCGACAAUACAGUCUGAGAUCUGUCCCUGGUACUUUUUUUCUCUUCCCCCUGCUAAAACUUGAAAAGACGGCAUUGGUGCAAAACAAGUAGGCCAUUGCAAUGGAUUAUUGUUGCAGCAGCAGCAGCAUAGGUCUUCCUGCAAAGAUGAAUUCCCUUCCGUUCCUCCCUGACUUGGGAGUUAGUGGGUGUAGAUGAUAAGCCUAUUUUUCCAAGAUUCCAUGGCUGUACACUAGGUACUCCCUUUGUCAUACGAAAGCCUUCAAAACGGAGAAUGGGUUGGAAGCGACUGUUGCAAGAUAACCUGAAAUGCUCCCGUCACUCCGAAUUGCCAUUUAAUGUUGCAGACUCAGGACAUUCAAAAACCAUUUCCAGUUUCCGGUGUGCAAUGUUUAUAGACAGAGGCCAACUUUCUGGGCAAAACUGAUCUGUACAGAAACCCUAUUCCUGCUGGCUUUUCAUAUUUUCAGAAAAGUCACAGACGGGGAAGGGCAAGCUUAUUCGUGCUGGCUUUAUUUUUAAAACAGCCACCCAUUGCCAUAUGAUAAUAAGAACCCACACCUCUAAUCCCUUUUUUGAUCUCAGAGAGGUUUUUCCAACUGAGGGGCAAACCUCAAAGCAACAAUGGUGGUAACCUGUAACAUCAUCAUCUUCCAUAGUGUGCCUGCCGGGGUCUUCUUUCCGUUUCCUCCAUUCUUCUGCUGAUGGGUUUGUCGAAGUUCACUCUCCAGAACACGAAAUUGUGAUUGCUUUGGGAAGUAAUGUUGGUGACAGGUUAGAGCUAUCACCAAGCUUGGGCCACACGAGUUGCUGGGAGUGCUGAAGAAGAUCGAGAAGGAGAUGGGUCGAACGAAAGGGAUAAGGUACGGACCAAGGCCAAUAGAUUUGGACAUUCUGUUCUAUGGCAAGUUUAGGGUUAAUUCUGAUGUACUUACCGUACCUCAUCAGAGAAUUUUUGAAAGACCAUUCGUAAUGGCCCCACUGAUUGAUUUGUUGGGUUCUGAUGUGGAGAGUGAUACAGUUUCUUCGUGGCAUUCCAUGUCAGUACCUUCUGGUGGGUUGUUUGAGUCAUGGAAGAAACUUGGUGGUGAAGGGCUCAUUGGGAGAGAUGGGAUGAAGAGGGUUUUGCCUGUUGGGAAAACCUUGUGGGAUUGGUCUGAGAGAACUUCUGUUAUGGGUGUGGUUAAUUUGACACCUGAUAGUUUCAGUGACGGAGGGAAGUUUGCGUCUGUGGAUGCUGUUGUUUCUCAGGUAAAAUCAUUGAUCUCUGAAGGGGUGGAUAUUGUUGAUUUCGGUCCACAAUCGACUAGGCCAAUGGCUGAAAGGAUAUCUACUCAGGAGGAACUCGACAGGCUAAUUCCUGUCCUGGAAGCUGUUUCGAAGAUGCCUGAGAUGACUGGGAAGCUCAUAUCGGUAGAUACUUUCUACUCCGAGGUGGCUUCAGAAGCCAUCAGUAAGGGAGCUCAUAUUGUAAAUGAUGUAUCUGGUGGCCAGUUAGAUGCCAACAUGAAUAAGGUAGUUGCUGACCUUGGUGUUCCUUACGUUGUGAUGCACAUGAGAGGCGAUCCUACCACGAUGCAGAAUAGUGAGAACCUGGAGUAUGGCGAUGAUGUUUGCGGACAGGUUGGUCGUGAACUGUACUCUCGAAUCGCGGAUGCAGAACUGUCUGGUGUCCCAGCAUGGAGGAUCAUUACUGACCCUGGAAUUGGAUUCUCGAAGAAUACCACGCAUAAUCUGGAGUUACUCAUGGGAUUGCCAAAGAUUAGAGCAGAACUAGCCAGGAAAAGCGUGGCCAUCUCUCAUGCUCCAUUGUUGAUUGGGCCUUCCAGAAAGAGGUUCUUGGGCGACAUUUGCAGCCGGCCUUCUGCUACCGACAGAGAUCCUGCUACUGUUGCUUCCAUCACUGCUGGAGUUUUGGGUGGUGCGAACAUCGUGAGGGUGCAUAAUGUACGAGAUAACGUGGAUGCUGCCAAGCUUUGUGAUGCCAUGCUGAAAUGCCAGAGAUAAGAGAUUUAGUACUGCAUGUUCUCGUGGUGAGAGCAACCUAACACGCUUCUGCGAGUCUCAUCUCUGGGAGAACCACUGUGGCCUCCACCGGUUCAGUCGUGCAGUCGAAUCACGACGGACGUGGAAUGUAAUGCUGAACCACUGAGGUAGAUGUCUCAGCCAUUCCUAUUGUGUUUGAACAAUAGCAAUGGAGAUUUGAACAAUAGGAAUGAAAGCAGUCACUGAUGGAGAUUUGAACAAGUUGAAUGUACGGUUAGGUUGUUUGGCUCAGAAAUAACCGUAGUUGAUUCAUAUUGUGUUUGCUCUUCAGAUUUGUUCAAUGGUUAGACAACCAAUUCGCCUUCCGCUUUUACUGU